AAAAGAUCUUUCCGUUUGGGACAGAACCAACAUGUGUAUCCGUAAAAUAGUUCCGCAAAUGUUUUCCUGGCACGAGUUUGAGUUGUUUUGAAAAUGUUAUGUAUAUAUUUUAUAUGUAUAUAUAAUAUGUUAAAUAGUUGAAAUGCAUUCGUUGCUAAAAGACAAUAUGGCGUAAAUAUAUGGGUUAAAUAUGAAUAUUUUGCGUGCUGUCUGGAGGCGCUCGGUUUGAUGUGUCCGGGUGAGCAGGCAAGAGGAAUUAAAGUUUACAGCAGUCAGGAGCAAAGUCCUGCAGGACAUCCAGAACAGGCUUCACUUUAUGUCCAUUGGCCGUACUGCUUGAAGCGAUGCUCUUACUGCAACUUUAACAAGUACAUCCCUCGCUCGGUGAAUAACGAGGUUAUGACAGAAUGCCUUCAGCAGGAGAUCCGGACACUGCUGCAGCUCAGCCACGUUUCUCAGAUCAGCUCAGUGUUCUUCGGCGGAGGAACUCCAAGCCUGGCCCAAACCUCCACUGUAGCUGCUGUACUAGAGAGCGUCUCGGCACACGCGCGACUUCACGAACACGCCGAAGUGACGCUUGAAGUGAACCCUGCGCCCUCAGGAAGAACCGCACUCAGAGAUUUCGUGUCUGCCGGAGUCAAUCGGUUUUCUGUUGGGGUGCAGUCUCUGAACGAGUUCAGUCUGAGGGUUCUCGGGAGGGAUCAUGACCCGCAGCAGGCUCUGCAGACUCUUGAAGAAGCUCGGACCCUCUGCCCCGGACGUGUUUCGGUCGAUGUCAUGUUUGGAAUUCCAGGUCAGAGUGUCGCAUCGUGGGAGAGAGAGUUGGAGGAGGUUCUGCGUGUGUGUGAUGAUCAUGUGUCUCUGUACCAGCUGACCCUGGAGAGAGGAACUCACCUGUACAAACAGGUAGAGCAGGGAAACGUCAGCAUGCCCGCUGAUGAUGUGACUGCCUCCAUGUACAAGUCCGCUCGGAAGGUUCUGGAGCAGGCCGGAUUCCUGCAGUACGAGGUGUCCAACUUCGCCAGACAUAAUGCUGUAAGCACACACAACCUGGGCUACUGGAGAGCACAGCCGUAUAUAGGAGUUGGACCAGGAGCUCAUGGUCGGUUCGUUCCUCGAGCUCUGGGCUUGAUCCAUCGGGAGGCUCGCACUCAGACGUUAGAGCCAGACUUCUGGAUGAGAGAAGUGCAGCAACACGGACAUGCAACACGCAGACGCAUACAGCUCAGUCAGCAAGGCCUUCUGGAGGAGGUGUUGGUCAUGGGACUCCGAUUGACUGAAGGGAUUUCCCAUAAGCACUGGGCAGCGUUCAGCCCAGAGGUGAACCUUCACCAGGUUCUCGGUGCCUCAGCAGAUGUUCAGAAACUUCAACAGAGGGGCUUUUUGAUCCUCGAUGACAGAGGACUGCGCUGUUCCUGGGAGGGUUUGGCGUUAUUGGACGGUAUUCUGCCUGUUUUGCUGCUGGAGUUGGACACGUUCUUCAGCACACCCACAUCUGCAGAUGGACACAAAGAGAUAUAAGAGACUCUUGAGCCAGAACUACUUGAAGGCAGCUACCAGAUUUCUUCAGGUUUUUUUUUUUUUUUUUUUAAAGAUUCUGGAGUAACACUUGAACUGUAACUACUGUACUGCACUGAAAGGGUAAAAAAAAGCAUAAAUUAUUUAAAUGUUUUAAUAAUCUCAGCAAUGUACUGAAUUGUAUUUAAUGGAAGCUUUAGAAACGUGUUUCUGACCUUUAUCAAUGUCAAUUUUAUAUUUCUUAGUCUUACAAUCAGACAGGCAAAUAAAACUCUGAAACUGUAUUACAUUUGAAUUCAAUAAAAAUCAAAUAUCUUGAAUUGAACAAUGUUUUGUUCCGCAUAUGUACUAGGGAAGUGAACAAAUAAAUGUUUCAUAAAAAUUUA